AUGAAGUUCACCAUCCUCAGCAUCCUUCCCAUCCUCAUCGCCGCCUCCUCCCUCGGCGACAGGGAGGCCAGCGUCAUGAGCAAUGACCGGCCCACCGUCGACGUCAAGGACAUCAAGCCCGGCGCCAAGCUCGACGUCCUCGAGCUCAAAACCUCGGACCAGAAGGGCUUCGCCACCUCUGCCGUCUACUGCCCGCCCGGCUACCCCAAGUACUGCCCUCGCUACAACUUUUGCUGCCCGGCCAUUGCUCAGGCCUGCUGCCCCCGCGCCUGCUGCCGCUCCGCCGGCGGCUUCUGCGGCAGCGACGGCCUCUGCUACAUCUAA